AUGUUUUUUAUUCUUUGCCUUUUGCUAAUAACAAUAGUUUUGAUAUAUUUCAAACUGAAAUAUUUCACUUUAUAUGGUUCAAUACCUGGCACACUACUUCAAUUUCUAUUCGGCAAUAUCGUUCAAACAGGUUUUACACAUGGUGAACUUUUUGGCAAUAUUGCUUUACAAUAUCAAGCUAAAUAUGGUGAUACCUUUCAAUUUUGGUUUGGACCUCUGCAUUUGAUUUUUGUAUGUAAUCCUGAAGAUGUACAACAUGUGUUCGCAUAUCAACAAAUUUAUGAUCCAGGCGAUCUCAAUGCCAACCGCCAUGGUCUCUUUUUUCAUCACGGACUUGUGUGUAAUAGAGGACCCAAGUACAAGCGUCAUGCAGCGAUUGUUCUUCCUUUAUUCCGUCGAAACAGAAUAUUGAACAAUUUGGAUUUUGUCAUUAAUUGUACUGAUAAACUACUCGAACAAUGGCGUUCAAAAACUGGCAACGAUCCCAAUUACAUUCAUCUUGAUACAGUUAAUCAAUGUCAAAAUGUAAUACUCGGUAUUUUUGGUUUUACUGGUUUUGAUUAUGAUUUGAAAACAUUAGACGAAUCGAACAUCAAUAAUAAAAAUCAACUUACAAUGGCUAUAUACCAUUUCAUGGGAGUAUUCGUAAAGUCAUUUCAAAUGCCACACAUCGCCACCAAAAUCUAUUUGAAAUUCAGUUUUCAAUAUCGUCAUGCUAUGGUAACUAUUAGUAAAUAUUUAAAUCAAAUGAUUGAACAAGAACAAAGAAAAACACUGGAAGAAAUUGCUCAAAGAAAAAGAAUAAGUUCGAUUGCAUCAUUAAUUGGCUCAUUACAACAAGAUGAAAAGCAUGAAGCAACAAAACCAGAAGAAGAAAAGAAAGGUCUAUCUCGAACAGAGAUAUUUCACGAGAUGCUUCUCUUUCUUGUGGCUGGUUCGGAGUCAACAGGAUCUGUACUUGCUUGGUUUAUUUACCUUAUGAGCAAAUAUCCUCGAGUACAAAAACGUUUUCAAAAUGAAGAUAAAGAUCAUCAUCCAUAUGCAUCGAUUCCAUUUGGUAGUGGACAUCGACAAUGUAUUGGACAAGAUUUAGCCCGUUUUGAGUUAAAAGCAAUCGCCGUUAGACUUAUGCAAUAUGUAACUUUUGGCGAUGGUGGUUCUCAAGUUAAUUCUGGAGGAUAUAUCCAAGGACUUACUUUGAUACCGAAAAAUGUCGGUGUCACUAUUACGUUCGAUUAA